GUAGUUUGGGCUGGAAUUCAAUCUUCUCCUCAUCUAAGAAGGCACUAUUAAGGCAACAAUUAUAUGAGAGAACGUACGAGUUGGAAAGAAGAAAUCUUCAAAUUUAGUUUCUUCUUUCCUAUAAGAAGGAACAAAGACAGCAAGAACAACUCCGACUUAAAGAAAUAUUUGUGUACCUCGAUAACCUUGCUCUUGUUCAACAUUACGUAGCUCUCUUCAUAGCUUCCUAGGUUGUUUAGCGGGGUGAUCUAGACCAACCUAACCUUAAUAGCUACCCAAUUUCGAAUCGCGUCUUUAGCUGGAUAGCUUCCCUGUUGCGCUCUACAACAACCAUCUUCCCCCCUUUCCCUCAAACCUUGAAUCAAGCCAUAGUUCGCCAACAUGACUGCUGUGGCCGACGGUUCUGCGAAUAGUCUUGGUUCUGGCGCCGCGCCAGGCAUACCAAAUGACGGCACUGGCGUCAUUCAGCUAGAUCCUUGGCUAUCGCCUUUCAAAGAGCCUCUAAAGCGAAGAUAUGCGAAAGCUCAAGAAUGGAUUAAGAAGAUUGAUGAGCUUGAAGGCGGACUAGAGAAGUUCUCUAAAGGUACUGAGAUCUUUGGUCUAAAUGUUGACAAGGACAACAACAUCGUAUAUCGAGAAUGGGCUCCAAACGCCACCGAAGCAUUCCUAAUUGGAGACUUCAAUGACUGGAAUCGGGGCUCACACCGUAUGGCAAAGAACGAAUUUGGGAUAUGGAGUAUUGUCGUCCCUGCGAAGGACGGGCAACCAGCGAUCCCGCACAAAUCCAAGAUAAAGAUAUCCAUGACAACACCUUCAGGCGAACGAAUUGACCGUCUACCUGCUUGGAUUAAAUACGUUACUCAAGAUCUCUCCGUCUCACCCGCCUACGAUUCCCGCUUUUGGAACCCGCCGGAGUCUGAGAAGUACACGUUUAAGAACUCGAGGCCCAAGAAGCCACUAAGCGCUCGUGUCUAUGAGGCCCACGUAGGUAUUUCCUCGCCUGAACAGCGAGUCACAACAUUCAAGGAAUUUACCAAAAGCAUGUUGCCAAGAAUAAAGAAUCUUGGAUACAAUGUCAUCCAACUCAUGGCUAUCAUGGAGCAUGCUUAUUAUGCCAGUUUCGGCUACCAAGUCAACAACUUCUUUGCCGCAAGCAGUCGAUAUGGCACCCCUGAGGAUCUCAAAGAGCUAAUUGAUACCGCUCACGGCUUGGGACUCGUCGUGCUUCUCGAUGUUGUCCACAGUCACGCCUCCAAAAAUGUCCUCGAUGGCUUGAACGAAUUUGAUGGCUCGGAUCACCUUUACUUUCACGAAGGCCAGAAGGGUAGGCACGAACUAUGGGAUUCUAGGCUCUUCAACUAUGGAAGCCAUGAAGUUAUGCGCUUUCUGCUCAGCAAUCUGAGAUUCUGGAUGGACGAAUACCAGUUUGAUGGGUUUCGUUUUGACGGAGUAACUAGCAUGCUCUACACCCAUCAUGGAAUCGGCACUGGCUUCUCUGGUGGGUACCACGAAUAUUUUGGCGCAGGAGUUGAUGAGGAGGCUGUGGUUUAUCUAAUGAUCGCCAACGAGAUGCUUCACAACCUAUACCCCGAAACUAUCACAGUAGCCGAAGACGUAUCCGGGAUGCCGGCGCUUUGCUUGCCAUUAUCACUCGGUGGCGUUGGGUUCGACUACCGAUUGGCCAUGGCUAUCCCGGAUAUGUGGAUCAAGAUCCUUAAAGAGAAGAAAGAUGAAGACUGGGAUAUAUCGGGAAUCUGCUGGACUCUCACUAAUAGGCGACAUGGUGAGAAGACGAUCGCAUAUUGUGAGAGUCACGACCAAGCUCUCGUAGGCGACAAGACCUUGCUCUUCCACCUCUGCGACGCGGAGAUGUACACCAACAUGUCGACGCUGUCGCCCCUAACCCCUGUAAUCUCUCGGGGCAUGGCGCUACACAAAAUGAUCCGGUUGCUGACACACGGUCUCGGUGGAGAGGGAUACCUUAACUUCGAGGGAAAUGAGUUUGGUCACCCGGAAUGGCUCGACUUCCCACGUGAGGGCAACCAGAACUCUUUCUGGUAUGCGCGGCGCCAACUCAACCUAACUGAGGAUCCCCUCCUGCGCUACAAGGACCUCAACGAGUUUGACCGUAAGAUGAACCUGACAGAAGAACAUUAUGGUUGGUUACACGCCCCGCAAGCGUACAUUAGCCUCAAGAACGAGAGCGAUAAAGUGAUCGUGUUUGAGCGGGCUGGCUGCGUGUUCAUCUUCAACUUCCACCCCACCCAGAGCUUCGCCGACUACAGGAUCGGGGUAGACGUCGCGGGCACGUACAAGAUCGUACUCGAUUCUGACGUCACGGAGUUCGGCGGUUUUAACCGCAACGAUCAUAACGCGCGGUUCUUCACCACGCCUAUGGAAUGGAAUGGCAGGAAGAACUGGACUCAUGUGUAUAUUCCUUGUCGCACGGCUUUGAUCCUCGCACCUGAGAAUUCUUAAUCCAAAAGAAAUGAGGCAAUGGGGAAAAGGGGCCAGUAUAUGCCGGCAUGAUGAAGGGGAACGGCUUUACCCUAUUUAGUGUGUUCGAUGUCAGGUCAUAUUUGAAGCAUGGCAGGUUUAGCGAGGUAAAACGGGGUAUGCGAGUGGCAAUAUGUUCGAGGUGGUUCUCUUUAACGAGUCGUGGUGCCGUCCUAUAGACAAAAUAGACAAGAAAAAAUUAUUAUUCUCU